GUUUUUAUAGAUGAAUGGCAGCAUUCACCUUCACGAGGAAGUCUUCUCCUUGGUGCUGCGCAGGAUUAGGCUUCACCCAGUGACACUAUUUUGGUAUGAGAAUAUGCAAACGUCACGUUUUUUGUUCACCUUUCAUUAUCGAAGGCGUGAUGCCACUACCAGGUUUGUUUCGUGGUCUCUUCUCUCAUAUCGGACACUCCCCUGGUCUUCAAUUCCAAAAAUACGACCCACAAAUCCGGGCAACUGUCUUUUCUUUGGUGGGAGGAAUAACAUCUUCAAGUACGUCGCUCUGCUACUCUAUGCACUGGAAUGGUAUGAUUCUUACGUCUUGACGGUGGGGCGCCACCGCGGAAACCAGGCCACCAAGCUCUCCACCCUCGACUUAGUCGGCGGUAGGCGGAGCCUGGCUAGACAGGC